AUGUCAAGUUCAACAUAUAUUCGUCCUGAAAGCCUCUGGGCCGCAUCAGGCUUUUACUAUCAAGCUAUUGAAAUGAACGUAGCGACAACAGGAAUGUAUACUAUAUUAUCCAAUAGCAUCAUAGAUACACAGGGCUUUAUAUACAAUAAUAGUUUUAAUACUUCAUAUCCGGAUGAAAAUUUAAUGUCAUUUGACGACGACGGUGCUGGUAGUAAUAAACAAUUUAUGAUCACAGUUGUUCUUGAAGCAAUGACAAAGUAUAUUUUAUUUGUAACUACAUAUGUGGGAAAUACAUUAGGAACAUUUUCAAUCAUCGGGCUUGGUCCAGGAACGAUUAAUUUUUUAGAAAGUAAGCAAAACCUAUAUAAAUUACAAACUGACACCUUGAGAGAAUUCUUAUCCGAUAAAAUGCAAUAUUUAUCAAAAAGAAAAGAAUGA